CUGGGUGCCGCCAUCUUGGGCCCUGGCUCUCUUGUCGGCGCCUCGGGAGGAACGGCCGGCCCUGCUCUUGGGAUCUCCAAAAUGGAUUCUACGUCUCUGUUACCAACAUUCUUAGAUGUGGAUCUGACAAUAUCACAUAUAGAAUGUUUUCCCAAGGACAUUCUGGUGAAAUUUCAAGGCAGAAAUAAUACUGAAUGUGAGUUUGACUACCAUAUAUUACAGAGGGAAAUCCAGCAUGUUCCAAAAGUAAAAGGUAAUGUGGACAUUGAUGAAUUUUGUUUGGUAGAAGAGAGAGCAUCUGGAGAAUGGCAGAGAGGAAGAGUCGUGGGAAAGAAAAAUGAACUCUACACAGUGCUCCUCAUAGAUCGUGGCGAAGAGCUAAGAGUCGGAGGUACACAGGUCGCUUCAGCCUGUGGCAACUUAUUUGAGCUACCACCGCAGGUAGUAUUUGGUAUUUUUGCCAACAUACUACCAAUUGAGGAAAAAUGGUUUCCAAAGGCUUUGAAUUAUUUCAAGUCAUUAGUAGGACUCCAAGUGAAAGGUUGUGUACAAGCUAUUUUGCCUCUUCAAAUGAUUCUUCUUGAAGUGCCAAAAAUUAUGUCCCAGGUUCUUGAAUUACAGUUAGGAAGACUUACUGACGGGGAUUCCUUUCGUCUUAUUGUGGAAAUGUUAAAAGAAUUCCCACAGCAAAUACCAGAUUUAUCAAAACCUAGAAGACCUGAAUUACCUUUAAGUAGUAGUGAUAACUUACUUGAUACUCACCAUGUCCUGGAUAAUUUGCAGCCGUCUUUGUCAGUAGGCGGUAUUGAAAGCGUGAGGGUAUCAUCUGCAUUGAGCCCAAGUAAAUUUUAUUGUCAGCUGACCAAAUGGAUGCCAGAGUUAGAAAACUUGACAGUGUGUAUGACUUUGCAUUAUGACACUGUCAGUCAAGAAAACAGUUCCAUGUGUGAGAAUUUUGGGCUAUUUUGUGUUGCCAAAAGGAGAAACGGACAGUGGCAUAGAGGAAUUCUCCAGCAUCUCUUGCCCGAUAAUCAAGUGAAAAUUUGGUUUAUGGAUUAUGGCAGUAGUGAGGCUAUUCCCUCAAUUCAUGUAAAGAAACUAAAACAGGAUUUUAUUUUAGUACCAUUAUUUUCAUUUCCAUGCUCUUUGACAUAUUUACAUAGUCCAGAUAGAGAGGCAAGAAAAUUUCAACUGAGUAUAUUUAAACAAGCCUUGUUAGGAAAAAUAGUAUAUGCACACAUUGAUUGGUUCAAUAAGGAUGAGCAUUUGUAUUAUGUAACACUACAAACUCAAGAGCCUGUGGUUAAUAAGUGUCCACUGAAGACUCUAGGCACCCAAGUACUUUGUCCAGUGUCUGAUUCAAAACUCUCGAAUAUGUUCAGAAAGACAGGUGCUUCUGGUAAAAACAGCUUUGCAGUUGAGAGUUUUAUUGGAAAUACUGAGCAGUCGAUAGACUUUCUAAAUAAAAAAGACACUUUGAAUGUAAGUCUUCCUAUUAAAACUGUAGAAAUGGAGAUAGAGACUGUCUAUGUAGCUUGGGUAGCAUAUGUUCUAAACCCAUCAAAUUUCUGGGUACGAACUAAUGAACAUCAAAAUGAAUUUGAAGAUCUAAUGAAAAAUAUAAACAAAUUUUAUAACUUGUGUGAAAAUGAUGACUUGAUUCUAAGAAAUCCAGAAUCUGGAUUAUUUUGUUGUGCUAGGUACAGUAAAGACAGAUGUUUUUACAGAGCUGUUGUUACUGAAAUUAAUGGUCAUAAGAUUAAUGUUUACCUUUUGGAUUAUGGGAAUACUGAUUCCAUACCAUUUUUUGAUGUAAAAAUUUUGCUUCCAGAGUUUUGUGAGCUGCCUGCCUUAGCCAUGUGCUGUUCACUUGCACAUAUAUUUCCUGUUGAAGAUUUAUGGGUAAAGGCAGCAAUUGAUUACUUUAAAAAAAUCGUCUCGAACAAAGCAAUUUUGCUUCAAGUUAUAGUGAAAAAAGAUGACAAGUAUACUGUAAAUAUGCAGAGUAUUGAAGACUCAGAAAAUACUGAUGUUGUCUCUCUCAUGUUACAAGCUAGAUAUGCAGAAUAUUGGGAGGUAGAACCAGAGUAUUAUCCAAAAUCUGUAAGUGAAUAUUCAGUGUUAAAUUUAAAAUCUAAAAACAAAGUUAAAAUUAAGCAAGUCUUAUCUUCCCUUCUUGAAGGGCCUAAACCUGAAAAUUACUAUUCAAAUAAGCUAAAAGAAGGAAACUUGUCUUCAUUAAAGUCCCCAGCUGUUAAUUUCUCAGAUAUAAAAAAUCCUUUUACCUUGUCUGUGGGACUUGACUCACCAUGUACUUAUAAAGAAUAUGUAUUUAAACCAGGCACAGUCCUUGAAGUUAAGUGUUCUUGUUAUUAUGGCCCAGGUGACUUUUCAUGUCAGCUCCAGUGUAAGUUAGAUGACCUAAAAUUACUAAUGGAACAAAUUCAGAAUUACUAUAGCAGUCAUUCUGAUCCUUAUCAGGUUGGGCAGAUUGCUUGUGUGGCUAAGUAUUCCAAAGAUGGGAAAUGGUAUAGAGCUGCUGUUUUGACUCAAGUAUUGAAAAGAGAAGUUGACGUAGUAUUUGUUGAUUACGGUUACCAGGAAAGAGUUUUAUUUAAAGAUCUUUGUGCUAUUAACCCACAUUUUCUCUUCUUAGAAGGCCAAGCCUUUAGAUGUAGUCUUAACCAUUUAGUUGAACCCAUUAGUUGUAAAUUAUUCAGUUGGACAAGAAAAGCAUGCAGAGACUUUGGGGCUUUUAUUUCUUCAUCUAGAGGGUCAUUGACGUGUGUCAUCUAUGCCUUAGUUCUCAUUCAUCCAAACUAUUUAUGUAAUUUAGUGGAGUUACAAUCUCCAUUUAUUAGUGCAAAAGAAUUUCUCAUUAAUCAUGGUUCUGCACAGUAUAGUACAUCAUCAAAGCCAUUCCCAUCUUCAGUUAGUCUUUAUAGUUACUGUUAUUCUUCCUUUAAUAUAAAAAUUGGAAGUGAGGAAGAAAUAUAUAUAUCUCACAUAUAUAGUCCCAAAAACUUUUAUUGUCAACUUAGUAGAAAUUAUAAAGACCUAGAGAUGAUAGAAACAAAAAUCACAGAGUUUAGUAACCUCAAAAAUUGUUCAAAAUAUGAGCCUAGGAAAAUGAGAUUAUGCAUAUCUAAGUACACAGAUGAUGGUUUCUUUUAUAGAGCUCUAGUAAUGCCAACAGAUUCAUUAUCUGACUUCCUGGUCUAUUAUGUGGACUUUGGAAAUAAGCAGUUAGUUAAAGGAAGUAUGUUGAGGGCUAUUUCAGAUGAGUUUCCAGAGUUGUUGUUUAUACCUAUGCAAGCUAUUAAGUGUUUUUUGUCAGAUCUUAGAGAUGUAGAUAUUCCAGCAGAAAUCAAUAGCUGGUUUGAAGAUAAUUUCUUGGGAAAACCAUUAAAAGCAAUAGUAUCAUCCAGGGAGUCAGAUGGCCAGCUAGGUGUAGAAUUGUAUGAUGGGUAUGAACAUGUAAACCAGAAAAUUAAAAUGUUGCUUCAUACUUACAGAAAAAAACAUUGCAACCAAGCGCACUGUGUGGGAAAGGGUUAUAAAAUAGAUGAGAGACUUCCUGUUUCUUUGAAAGGCAAAGUAGAAAACUGUCACCAUAAUACGAUAAAUAAAACUAGUCUAGUAACACAUUCUGGAAGCAAAAUAGAUCAGUUAAUGAACCCCACAGGUAUAUAUGCCAGGUUUUUGAAACCAUCAGUUUGUUAUAAAAUUGAAUCUGUAUCAGAAAACAAAAUGAAGUCUUUGAAUGAUGGACUUAAAAAUACAGAUGUAAAUAUUAUCCCUGGAUCUGCACAUGUUCUUGAUGAAAGGGAUGUGGGCCAGGAAUUGGUGAAGGUGGUAUCACAGUCUUUUAUCAGAGCUUUAAAUCAACCAGCAUCUCAAAACCCAUGUAAUAUUACUAGACCACGGAUCAAAGACCUUCCUCCACCCAAAAUUGACCUGAAUGCCAAAGUUAAAGGAUAUGUUUCUAACAUCAGUAAUCCAGCAAGUUUCCAUAUUCAGCUUGCUGAGAAUGAAAACAUCAUCAUCAAAGUUACAGAGGCUCUAAAUGAAAGCAGAGCAAAUAUAGCAAAAGAGAGAAAAUCUGUUAAACUUAUGGUGGGAGAUCUUGUAGUUGCAGAGGACUCUUGUGACAAGACUAUGUACAGAGCAGUUAUUAAGAAAAUUUUGUCAGAAAGUUCUUUUGAAGUGGAAUUUAUUGACUAUGGCAACACUGCAGUAGUAGACGCAUCUAAAAUUUAUGAACUUAAGAGGGAAUUCUUAACUAUUCCCCAGCUAGGAAUCCAUUCUUUUCUCAGUGGAUUAAAGUGGAAUGAUCCUGAUAAAAUAUGGGACAGCAAAACUGUGGAUUAUUUUGCUUCAAGAUUAAGUAACAAAACAGUUUCUUGUGAAUUUUUGCGAAAGCAUGAGCAGAAAUGGGAAGUAAAUAUAAUUUGUGCUAAAAAAUGUAUCAUUAAUGAGCUACUAAAAUGGACAGCAUGUUCAAAACUACAGAAAACAGUAUUGCAAAUGCCUCAGGUUGGCUCUAAAAAAAUGAGCCCUGGUAAAAAUAAGAAGAAAAGAAAAUCACGUGGAUCUGAAGGUUCUGUAAUCCUUCAACCAUCCUCCCAACAGCUGAUUUGGAAAUAAACAUCCUUUUCCUGAAAUAUUUAGACUCUGCCUGGGAAGUAGAAAUUUUGGUAGAUGGCCUGUCACUUUUGGAAUAUUUAAACCUAAAUACAGUUCAUGUUCAAGAAAAUAAACUUAGAUCUUCAGAAAUUUUCCAUGUGAAAUCUCAGACUCCUGUUUUAUCUUGUGCAGUAAGGUCAUUUACUUGGGCACAACUCCAGAAUGGUAGACACUAUUCUGGGAUGGCCACUGCUGUUUCUGAUCUAUCGGACUUUUGUGUUCAGUUAGAAGAUUUUUUUGACACAAUGAAAUCUCUCCUUAUACUGCUUUCUGAUCUGCCAGAAAACUUACAAACAGUAUCUCAGGAGCACUUAAUUCCUGGUUCUAGCUGUUUGUUCAAAUAUGAAAUGGAAGAUCAGUGGAAUAGGGUAGAAAUUUCUGAAGUCUCUGAUCAGUCUUUACUUCUUCUGUUGAUUGACUAUGGAUUUUCUGUUUACAUACCUUCUUCAGAUAUAAAACAUCUUAAAGUUGUUCCUGAGGAACUUUUGAAUUUUCCAAGGCUGAGUUAUCCUUGUGUCUUACAUGGCAUCUUACCUGCGCAAGGGAAACAUUGGAAUGAAGAAGCUCAAAGUUUUUUUCAAGAUUUCCUAAGUAAACCUGGCUUAAUUUUUCAUCUUAGGGAAUAUAGUUUUGAAACAAAACUGAAAGUAGAUGUCCUUCAUGGGAAAAACAAUUUGGCAGAUAUGUUAGUUGCAUCUGGUCUUGCAGUAUAUUCUAAAUGUUCAGAUCAUCUUGAUGCAGUUACUACUCCUGGAUCUAACAAAACCUGCUAUAAAUUGCAGAGUAAGCCUGUUUGCCCAGUGUUAGAUCAAAAUUGUUACAAAAGAGAAAAUACAAGUUGUACAUGCACUGAGAAACAAAAGCUAAAACAGAAAACUAUAAAGAGGAAAGAUGUCUAUAAGAACCUCUUAAGGAAAAGCUGUAUGAGUAAAAGAUUAUAUUCUGGGAAGUUAACGCUGAGGAAGGAGGUUGAUAGAGGAAAACAUAAUCCCCAGAGUACCGUUGCAUUGGAUAUGUGUACAGCAACUUCAUUUUGGGGACUACCUAAUGGUUUGAAGAAUAACCCCAGUUACUUUGAAAACAUUUUUGAAAAACUAUCAACUGAAGGAAUACAGGAAAAUAACACAGUGGACUUGAGAACAUCAAUGAAAGCACUGCAUGUUAAUGAGAAGUUGAUACUAGAAGAACACUUAAAAAGUAAGUAGCAAUUUUAAAAAAAUAGAUUUUUUUUUAGAAUUUUUGGUUCUUUAAAACUUUACUGUGUACUAAAAUUAUCCAAACUGAUACCACACUGAAAGAAAACUUACUAGAAAAUCUGAAUGAAUGGAUAAACUGGAAGUGAUCAGUUGAAUUAUAAAAUGCUUCACUAUUUUUAACUUUUUUGAAUGGUAACCUUUGAGAAUGUAAUGAAAGUAGAGGAUUUUAACCACAUGCAUGCACACACAACAUGACACUUCACAAAUAAGUUUCAGGGGUUUCACAAAACUCCUGAAGGUCUGUAGAUCUCAAGUUAAUCUUAUUACUAAUGAGCUUCUGGGCUCUUCUUGAAUCAAUUAUCUAUUACAUACUGUGCUUAUCAGAUGAAAUAAAUCUUAAGGGUUUUUGAGUAUGCUUCUGAAAUAUUGCUAAUGCAAUUAAAUUUAUAGAAUAAACUGACUCUAACAUAUUUCCUCUUUAAACUUUUAAACUUCACACUGGUUCUAAAAUGUUAAAAUUUUAAUAUUCUAUGUGCUAUAGUAUUGUUUGGUUUUGCUUAUGCACCUUAUAUUUCAUUUUCUGUAUGGGUUGGUUACUGAUGAUUUUGUAGGCUAUAAAGGAUGUUCCCUGCUUAUUGAAUGAAUAUUCUGACUUUAUAAUAUAAUUUGUAUGUUAUUCCAUAUUACAACUGGUAUCAUAACAGAUAUAUCCUGUUAAUGAGUGGAAGUGUCUUAUUUUUUAUGUAUUUUAGAGUAUUUCAUUUGGAUUCAUAUUUACAUGUUUAAUAGUGAAUUGAUAAGUGCUUCAAAGUUGGCCCUUUGUCCUUAUCUUUGAGUCAUCUUUUAUUGUAAUGAAAGUUAUGGUAGAAUGCUUACUGUGUCCCAGGUACUAUGCUGAGUUUUAUAUGAAUUAUCUUAUUUAAAGCUUCCCACAACUCUGUAAAGUAUAUUGAUAUUAAGGCUUAAGGGGAGUCUUAACUAGUACUCCACUUCUUUGCCUAAAUUCUUAACCAUUUUAGAGAAAGACAAGGAGAAAGACAUUGAUGAGCAAGAU